AUGACGUGUCACGCGCUCCUUGGAGCCUUCGAUAUCACCGAGGGAGAGUACGUCUCUGCAUUUUUCUCCUCCCCUCUCUCUCUCUCUCUCUCAUUUUCUUUCCAGAACUCCAUUGCUGAGAUAUCAAGACCUCUCAAUCUUUCCUUCAUUUUAAAUCUCCUCUUACCAUCACACCUAUUUUUCCAUUUACUCGGAAAAAUCAAGAUUUGCGAAAGCACGAUUCGAAGAGGAAAAGUAUUAGAUUCCGCCGCGAAGAAGGAGACAUCUCAAAGCAGUGCAACUCGAUUUCUUGUAGGUCGCCAAAUCUGCGACUUAGUUCGUCGGCGUCGUCCAAUUGUUUCUUUGUAUAUAGCAGCAGGUGGACCUGCUAGGGGAUAUUAUGAUGCAGGAGACAAUGUUAAGUACGGGCUACCGAUGGCGUUCAAGGUGACAACCCUGGCAUGGGGAGCUAUCUUCUAUGAGACUCAGUUGCAGGCUGCAGGGGAACAUAAACCUGGUACUGAGAUUGCUGCUGAAACUUCUGCUGCCAUGGCUGCUGCUUCUAUUGUCUUCCGCAAAACUGAUAAAAAAUAUGCUCGCCAACUCCUCAAGAAGGUUAAAGUGCUAGAUGAAACUUUCACGUCUAGAAUGCAACAGUUGCUGAAUUAUCGUGUUCCAGAUUCGGAUCUUGAGCUACCCAGAUGUAUAUUAGAAGCGCAUUCCAUGCUUCACUAGUUGAAAUGGAAAGGGUAUGAUCGCUUCUGCUGCUAUCCUAGCUACCAUAUAUUUUUUUCCUGGCUAAGGAGCAGUGCUAGCUCUACAUGUAUAUCUAGUAUGUACAAUAUUCCGGGAAAAAUCCCUAAAAAAUCUCUACGUUAAGUGUGUAUAGUGAAUACUAAUAGAAUAGUAACUAAAUUUUGACCCUUUUAAGGUGGGGAGGUUUUGUCCUCAUUUUUGUUAUAUUCCCCUUAGAAUUAAAAGAAACAAAAUUGAUAUAAAGUAUAGAAAAAUGAUUUGAGAAGGAGGGUGCGUAGCAAAAGAGUAUAAGAAAGAAUAGAACAUAAUAAUCAUAUGUUAUCAGACUUAUCACAUGCCGAUCAAAUAAGAAUCUAAAUUAUGGAUGAUCACUGUUGGCUGUGGUUAGCCCAUGAAGAUGAUCACUGUUGGAUCAAAAUUGAUGUUCUACAUGUGUAUGUGUGUUGAGUUCGGUUGUGAUUUUCCAUUUGCUUGGUUGCCUUUUGGAUAUUGACUGGUGCUAAAGUAUGAAUCAUGUAAGUAUUUGCAGCUUUAUUGUUUUCAUUAGCAGUAUAAUAUUUCAUUAACCGCUCUAUGGCAUUAGAAUUUUACCUGUUUGUAGCAGGGUGGAGUUAUAUCUGAGCAGCUGGCACUCAAAGGAUACAUUUCAAUAUGGCAUGAGAGGAGAAAAAUAACUCUGAACAUGCUAGAGAAAUGUAUGAAGUUUGCAAUCAUUGAUUAACUCUUUCAUUUUGAAAUUUUCUGGGAAGAAGAGAAUAUGCAUCCUUCAUGUUCACCAACCUCACUUAGGGCAAAGUAGUCAUUUAGAAUAUUAUACUUUUAAACCUCUGAGGGAAACGUCGGUGUGAGCAGCGUCUUAUAAAACAAAGGAUUUGGCCCAAUACUCCUUUUCAAACCUCUAUCUACCAAACACCCAUAUUAGCGUAUUUGACUAGUCAAACCUCCAAUAGUACUUAAAAUCUCUAGUUUUGCCCCAAAACUCUCUCUACCAAACAGGGCCUUUGUAAUUUCCUGAACAUAAUUUUUGUUCUAUUAUUAUUGGAUGGGUAUUUUGCAACCCUAUGUUAUGAAUAUUUUUGUUAA